UAACCUAUAAAUCAAAUCCACCGGGAUUUGAACGUUUCUCGGCGUUUUCUGACCCUAGUCAGUUUAAUAUUAAAAUAAAAAAUCGUUUUUGGUGAUUGUCUAUUAGUGUAUGUCUCGUUAAAGUUUCCAGGAAGUUUAUUUUGUAUCACCGAGAAAAUGUCUGAUGAUGAAGAUAUUUUAUAUAUUAAGAAACAAAAAACCUCCCAUUAUGGACCUCUGGAUGACAAGCUCCGACCAACAUCCAUGGACCAUGAUGAAUCUUCCCAAGACUCUUCGAAGGGCAUGGAUAUGGACAAUAUUCACAUUUCUAAUGAGUAUAUGGAUUUGGAAGAUGACAUGGAUCGAGAUAAACAAGCACUUCGGGAGGAGUUUGAAAGGAGGAGAAAAGCUAGACAAGUGAAUGUCUCAACCGAUGAUUCAGAGGUCAAAACUAGUCUAAGGCAGCUCGGUGAACCUAUCUGUUUAUUCGGAGAAGGCCCUGCCGAACGUAGGAAUCGUCUUAGGGAUCUUCUCUCCAGGCUUGGAGAGGAUGCAAUAAAAAAGAAACAAGAGGCAGAAGAAGAAAGAAUCCAGCAAGAAAAGGAUCAAGAGACCACAUGGUAUCAUGAAGGUCCUGAAGCUCUGAAAUCUGCCAGAUCUUGGAUUGCAGCUUUCUCUCUUCAGCGUGCAAAACAGAGACUAGAAAAAGCAAGGGCGACUGUAUUGAACAACGAGACAGCUACCACAGCCCGAAAGCAAGAACUACAUAAACGAUUGACAUCCCUCUCAAUAUACUGCAGUCAAAUUGGCGAUACAAGGCCCAUAACAUUCUGUAGCUUUAGUCCUAAUUCUCAACUACUAGCCACAUGCUCUUGGAGCGGGCUUAUGAAGCUUUGGUCAAUUCCAGACUGUGAGCAACAACACACGUUUAAGGGUCAUGAAGGUUUUGUGGGUUGUGUGAAAUUCCACCCCAAAGCUACAAUUGCAGAUACGCAAAAUACAUGUGAGCUAGCCUCCUGCGGAUAUGAUGGCUCUGUUAAACUAUGGUCCAUGGACAGAGAAACUGCAAUUGCCGAUCUAACUGGUCACGACGCCAGAGUUUCGCGGGUUGCUUUUCAUCCAUCUGGUCGAUUUUUAGGAACUUGCUGCUUUGAUCAUUCUUGGCGAUUGUGGGAUCUUGAAUCAACGCAAGAAGUUCUUCAUCAAGAAGGUCACUGCCAACCAGUCUACAGUAUUGCCUUUCAAAAUGAUGGUUCUGUUGCUGCCACAGGAGGUAUGGACGCCUUUGGUCGCGUGUGGGAUCUUAGAACAGGGAGAUGUAUCAUGUUCAUGGAAGGCCAUCUGAAAUCAAUUUAUGGGGUUGACUUUUCACCCAACGGGUACAUAAUGGCAACUGGCAGUGAGGACAACAGCUGUCGAAUAUGGGAUCUUCGCAAAGUAGCAUGUGUUUACACGAUACCAGCCCAUAUGAAUCUAGUGUCUCAUGUUAAAUUCCAAGAAGAUGAAGGCCAUUUUCUUGUCACUGCCUCUUAUGACAACACCGCAAAGAUUUGGUCCAACAAAACAUGGCAACCAAUGAAGACUCUCUCUGGGCACUAUGGUAAAGUUAUGGGCAUGGAUGUUUCCCCAGAUUCAAAGUUUAUCGCAACAUGUUCCUACGAUAGAACAUACAAACUAUGGGCUCCCGAGUAGUACUCUUUACCUGUACUUACGUUUUCUAGCUAGAAUCUAAUUUGAUGACUGUGAUGUUACUAGUAGUAUCUCGAAUGUAUUUUAUUAAUGUUUGUAAGUUCCACCACAAACGUAUCCUUAUAGAAACUGGAUGCCAUAGUUAUUUUGAUGGUUUGUGUGUCCUCAACAUUGCAGAUAGCACUGAUUUUCUUUUAUAGACAGUGUGUCACUGCGUCGCACCCUGAAACAAUCAUUGUUUGAUUAAGUUUCACCCUUAUUUUCUGAAGGUUUUUAAAAUCGAACGAAUUGCAUUUGGACCGCGUUAAACAGAAAGGAACCAAGCCACAUCGGCCAUUGCCAAA